GAGAUGGCUGCUGUCUCCGACCCCGUGGGGCUGGGUGCUCCGUGGGGACCGGCGCGCCCCGAGCCCCCUCCCACCCGCUUCCACCCAGUGCACGGUGCCAACAUCCGCGUGGACCUCUCCGGGACGCGGGCCACACGCGUGGAGAGCUUCGCCCACGGUGUGUGCUUCAGUCGCGAGCCGCUGGCCCCCGGCCAGGUGUUCCUGGUGGAGAUCGAGGAGAAAGAGCUGGGCUGGUGCGGGCACCUGCGCCUCGGCCUGACCGCGCUGGACCCCGCCAGUCUGGCCGCCGUGCCGGAGUUUUCGCUACCCGACCUGGUCAGCCUUGGGCACACCUGGGUCUUCGCCAUCACGCGCCAUCAUAACCGCGUGCCCCGGGAGGGCCGGCCGGAGGCAGAGGCCCUGGCCCCGAGUCGCCCCCCAGCCCUCCUGGUGGAACCCUAUCUCUGCAUCGAGCAGUUUCGUAUUCCCCGCGAUCGCCUGGUCGGCCGCAGCCGGCCGGGUUUGUACAGUCACCUCUUGGAUCAGCUCUAUGAGCUGAAUGUGCUGCCUCCGACCGCGCGCCGCAGCCGCCUGGGUGUUCUCUUCUGCCCGCGCCCGGACGGCACGGCUGACAUGCAUAUCGUCAUCAACGGCGAGGACAUGGGCCCCAGCGCCCGGGGGCUGCCAGCCACCCAGCCCCUCUACACGGUAGUGGACGUCUUCGCCUCCACCAAGAGCGUGCGCUUGAUCCAGCUGGAGUAUGGCUUGCCGUCGCUGCAGACCCUGUGCCGCCUGGUGAUCCAGAGGAGUGUGGUGCACCGGUUGGCCAUUGAUGGGCUCCACUUGCCCAAAGGACUUAAGGAUUUCUGCAAGUAUGAGUGAAGGCCUGCAUCGCCCUGGAGCAGGGCCAUGCAUCCUGGCCCCAGAGGUGUGCCUGCCCUGAAGCUGGCCAUGCUGCUGCCAGCCAGGACGGAAAUAAACACAGCCGAUGUUGCCACUGA